AUGAAUAAUACCAGACACCAGUCUCUGUUCUUUGCCCGUCUACCGGAGCUACAGAAACUCUGUGCCACUACAGUAAUGCUGAACCCUCAGAUACUGGAGACUGAGACAAGGAGUACACAGUUAAAAGUUUGCAGACAGUUACUAUUCCUGCAUCAAGACAUCCUGUCUGCACCUGUUAUUGGAACACUAAAUCAAAUUUCAGUUGUAAUGGCGAUACCGUUUUACAAAUCAGGAAUAUGUCAAGCCUACAUAGAGAACCAAGGAGCUACCCUGGAAGCGCCACAAACAGUUAGUCCAGCCAUUCUCCAAACCUGUCUCUCCUACACACUUACAGCCAGACUUGCACCCAGGUGGAACAAGGCUGGUCAUCUCUUGGUGCAAGGAAAAGAAUUUUUGUCUCAUUCAGGAAGGCAAAAUGCAGUCAUUAUAGACCUCAAUGUGUCAGAGAGACAGCUUUGCAUCAGUGUGGAGGCUUGCUCAAUUCGGUUGCCACCCCCUCAGCUGGGAGAUUUUGAUAUUUCAGCAAACACCUUAAAGCUGUUUGACAGCAACGAAAAUACAGUGAUUCACCAGCAUUCCAUAUUAAGUAACUGGUGCUAUGUUUUGCCAAGCAUGAAAAUGGGUCAGAUCAUAAGCAUCAGCCACAUAAUUCCUCCAGAUUCUCCCUUCCAUUCAUAUAAAGAGUUUCAGAUGCACUGGAAGAAUCUGUAUGGAUAUAUUCUUCCAGAGGAUCAUAACGAGACAAAAAUAUACUUCAGUGUUUACUUCAAGCCAAUAGGAGAGAGGUUCUUCACUUACCCUUUAAGUUGCAUUCGAAGUCAGCCAGUUCAGUAUUUCCCUAGAACAGAUUCAGAAAGUGUGCUGAACUCUUUUCUUUAUGACCUGAAGCAUAAUCUUUCACAUCUAUGUGGAUUUCCAGUGAAGAUGACAAGUAAAGCACUUUAUGCUACACAAGAACUCUCCAGGGCUCCGGUGUGUGAAAUUAAAUCUAAGCACAUGAAACUGGCCGGUGAGAUGGUUUGUGUAGUGUCUCUAACGCAGGCUCCUCCAAAGAAACAGACUUUGCCUGGAAUUUCUUCACCAUGCAGUAUGGAAGGCAGCCACUGGAUGGAGCGUUUGAUCAAAGAGCCAGAAGCACACGCUUUUUCGAGUAUCAGUAGGGGUGCAGAAAAUUUUAGCAUUGAAACAACGGAGAAAUCCACGAAUAAUAAGCAAAUACCAAGAGUACCAGAGUUGCCAGUUGUGAAAUCUUUAGGAAUGCCUGUAAGGGCAGCCUUUGGACUCCCCCUGGCCAAAGAAAGCAAAAUUAUACCAAUUUUCAAAGGGAAAUUGAUGCAAAUGAAUGGAAAGACCACAAAUCAAACGGAUGGGAAGAAAAGAGAAAAUGCUGAAAGACCCUCACCAAUAAAAAUUACGGGUGUCUCAUCUUCUGUGCUGAGAGUGUGCAAGUCCAGCAUAACUGAGGUUUACAAACCCGUUCAAAAUACAUCAGUCAAAAAUGCUACUCAUAGCAGCCUACUUCCGGUAAAGAACGUGGAAACGUACCCGAAACAUGGUGUACCUGUAUUUCGGUGGAAAACAGAGUCUGGUGGACAAAUGACUAAUUCUGAUUUUUCUCAUAAUUCAACUUCGGGUGGGAAUUCAAGUGAAGUCAACCAGAAAAGGGCAAAUUCUCCUUUUCUUCGGAAUGUUGAGUCAAUGCUUCAGAAAUCGAACAUCAUAUAUCCAUCUCCUACUUCCAAUGGAAGAAGGGGAAAAAAGUUUGCAAGUCAAAAUACCACACAAGUUCUUGAGAAGCACCACCAGUCAAAGAAAGUACCUUUGCAGAUUUGUAAAUUGGAGAACGAAACGACAAAUUUUGGUUUAUCAUGGCAACAAACAAAGGGAACAAAUGAAGGAGCAAGGUUAAAUAUUCAUGAAUCUGUCUUAAAUGAUAAAAUGUACAUCACCAAAAAUGAAGAAAAAAAAGCAGCGUGCCAUUCUAAAGACUAUAUCGCUAAGACAAGCAGUCAUUCCAAAUCUAACUUUGAACAGGUGAUUACAGGGAACAAGUAUCUGACGUGUGAAACACUGACCUCAAAACCGACUUCCUCAGACAAGGAGAGUAACACGGAAGCAUCUGUAAAGAAGGGCUAUGCCAAAAGAAAACAGAAAGAAGAAGGCUCUUCAAAGUUGAAGAAAGCCAAACGAAGUAAGCCUUCUGUUUAG